GAAGAAGGUUGCAACUGGGAAGUUGUGGAGUCAGUUGAUCCUAGAGCAAAAUAGGCCCAGGAAAUGGCUUUCUUUGGAUUAACUUUUCUGGGCUAUCAGGACACCUUUCGGGACAGAAAACUAGUAUUACCAAAGUACAAAGAGCCAGUGGGAACACACACCCCCAAACUGGAACUUUUCUACCCAAAGCUGCCACCCAUAGGACCAGCUGGGUAUGAUGGCACAGUACACCAGGGCAGCUACAGGAGGUAUCAAGAGACUAUCAAAAGGAUGCAGCUCCAGAAAUACCCCAAUCAAGAGUACAGGGUGCCAUUGACCUGUGGACAAGAUAUCGGCUGGUGGUUGCCUAAGAAUCUGUCAAUCAAGCCAGAAGAUGCCACACCUUGGAUUAGGGUGGAAAGACAUCCCCAGCUGUGCAGCCCUAUGACCAAAUUUCUUGAUAGCAUGGCAAUCAGCAACCCUCUGUUCAGCAUGUUUUGAGAACCUCAUGGUGGAGGAACCUCAUCAUAGGAUCCUGACGUGCAUGGCUGCAUCAUUGUAUCAGUGGGAGCUUACUGAUAAUACCAUUUUCAUGUUCAGGCACAGCACAUUUGUU